UUAAUUUCUUUUUAAUUUAUAAUUCCGUUUAUGAGAGACACCUUAAAUGCAAUUUAAUUUACAUGCAGUACAAGUCUCACAUCAUGAAGAAGAAGUAGGAACAGUGAUAGUAAAAUAUACAGACUGGAUACAGUCGGCUGCAGCAGGUGAUGUCAGGGAUGAUAACCACAGACAAUGGCAGCAUUCAGCUGUCCGUAUGCGCUGGAUGACGUCGUUUGGAAAAUAGGCAAAACAGGCAGCGUGCCGAUGAAAAAACCACCAACCGGCUCGGCAUCGCCAUUCACUCUCCGGUGAGGGAUGCAGGAAGAUGGAACGGCUCUCUCUGGGGGAGAACACGGCGACUGGGGACAGCGUUGCGAGGGAGCGGGCUCUCCGCUGGUUUACAGAGACCCAGGCCCCGCUCAUCCUCCAAGAGGGCAGCUUCCCUGUCUGGUUCCAAGGAUGCAUCGCAAGAAAGGAUGCAGAAGAUCGGCUGCGUGAUAAACACCUGGGCUGUUUUCUCAUUCGACUCAGUGACAAGGCUGUGGGAUACAUCCUCUCCUAUAAAGGCCGUGAUCGGUGUCGUCACUUUGUCAUCAACCAGACCAAGGCCGGACAGUUCCUUGUUUCGGGCGACACCGAGCGGCACAACAACCUGAUGGAUCUCAUCGAGUACUACCGGGUCAGCCCCAUCGAGCCCUUUGGAGAGUUCCUCACAUCGUCCUGCUGUGAGUCCUCCGACAGUGACAUCUACGACGUGGUCCAGUCCAACCAGAAAGAGAAAUCGACCGUCAGUGUCCAGGCCGUGAGGAGUUUUUGGGACCAGCAGGGUGGACUGGUGGCCGGGAAGCCCCCAGCCCUGCCCCCCAAAACUGCCAGGAAACUCACAGCCAGCUCCUCCCUCGACAAGACCGCUCCUCCGCAGGCAGUAACCCCAGUGCCAAGAUGGAAGUCCCCGGUCUAUAAGAGCCCCCUCCCUGACCAGAUGAUGUAUUCCAGCCUAGAGGAGACCAGACUGCAAGAAAAGGCUGAAUCCCCCCUAACUAGCAAAGGGAGCUUCAGGAAUUCAACAGAGUCCUGGAAGGGGCACAGCGCCCCCAAGUGGGAGGAUCCCUACAGCCUCACCUGGAAUUUCCCUAGAGCUGCUGAAGCACAUCUUACAAGCAGGCAGGGCAUGGUGCACUCAGAGCUGAGCCUGUCAGACUGCCGGAGCAAGUCACUUCCCAUUCUGGACGAGAGCGCUGUGCAGUGCGCCACUUCCUGCACCCCCCAGAAUCUGUCGCCGAAACCUGUCAAAAAAGCCACGUGCCACACGAUGUCUCUGGAUGCGACGGAGUGCCUCCGAGAGCCUGCUCCUUUGGCCCAGUCCAACAGCAACAGCAUGGACAAACUCUCCCAUGGCUCACUGUACCAACUGGCUGGCGCCACCCAAUGGACUCAGGCAGAAGUGCACGACGCGCCCAUAAGGCAGCAGGAGGAGAACCUGUACGCACAGGUCCCUGCCGAAGCUGGUCACGUGAUGCCUGACAAACUUUACGAGCAGAUUCCUGACUCAGGAUUAAUGGGGGUGGGCUGCACUCCCCCCUCCCACAACAACACCUACGAGACCUUGGAAAACAUAAAACAGAAAGGGGCCAAAAAGAAUGAUAAAUGGCGAAGAUUUUUCCCAGACCAUAAGAAACACUGAAGGGUGUAUGAAGAAAAGUGUCUACUUUCCCUAAAGAAGCGCAAAUUAAUCUUACGGGGUGGGAUUCCCCGAACACUCCGCCCCCCUGGCUUGACCAAAACGGAACCGUAGCUCAUGGGAACCAAUAUAUUUAAAAUUUACUUCUUACAGUAUGACAAGAAGAAAGCUUUGUUUUUUGUAAUUUUGUCUUUACAGCAUGGUGUGUGUAGUGUAUUGAUUUCAUUGUCUAAUGAAGUUAGUUUGUCAAUAUUUGUCAUUUGUUCAUUUCUGUCGCCUUAGAAAUGACAUGUUAAAAAUUGUUGUUUUAUAUAAUUUAUUCCUAUCUCUUUAAAUAUAGAGGUACUGUUUUUCAAAGGUUAUGGCAUUUUCCAACAUUUCCUGAAUGCAAGCUUGAUAUAACUGUGGUAAAAGACAUAAUGUUAUUUCUUUGAGUUUAUUAAAUAACUUAAUCCCUAGAAAAUUUUGUUCCGUUUUUGGAUUUUUGAAAUUUUUAGAAAUUUAAACGCAACAUUUACAUUUUUACAACACGCGUGCAGCUCUGCAGUAAAACAAUGGAUAUAAAACUAUAAAAUCGUCGUUUUUCAGACAUGUGCACAGUGUCCUGCUUCAACCCAAACAGCUGUAUUGCUGAAUGUCCUCGCCGUUAAUUGCAAUGGGAAGCUCUAUAAAUCAUCAGGGCAGAUGGUACUCGAAGCCGGGGAAACGGGACGGGAGUGGCGUCGGUCUCUGCCGGAAAAACCGAUUAUCAUGCCGCAACAGAGUCAGACCAUCACGGAAAGCAGUAAAAGUCCUUCCAUGCUUUUUUCUGUACGCUUCAACCUGCAGCCUUAUUGUACAAAAACCCAUCCUUUCGCUUUUUAAUGGAGCAGUGACCACGAAGUACAGAACACUUAAUCUUUUCUCAGACGCGAAGAUAUUGAACUACCAGUAAUGAAUGUGCAGCGGUUGGCAGUUAUAAUUUUAUUUGAUUUCUGCUUGUCUCCUGGAUGAUGAACGGAUUCCUCAUUUUACAGUGAAACUUUUAUUUCACUUCAAAUGAAGGCAAUUUGUAUGA